GAGCCAGGUGGCCACUCGCCCGAAUCACCCGAGAGCAGUUGGAGUGUUAGACUUGGUCCACCUCCGCCACCACCACCGCCAUUCCAUCGCGAUCGCCACAUGGCCCCGGCCGCCGUCGCCGUCGCGGCGCUGAGCGACGACCUCCUCCGGGAGGUCUUCCUGCUCCUCCCCACCCCCGCCGACCUCGCCCGCGCCUCCCUCGCCUGCAGGCCCUUCCUCCGCGCCGUCCGCAACGCCGCCUUCCUCCGCCGCUUCCGCCGCCUCCACGGCGCCUCGUCCUGCCCGAUCCUCCUCGGCUGCCUCGUCCACCACCCCCGCCACCCCGACCAGCCGGCGCCGCUGUUGGUUCCCUACUCCUCCUCAUCGACCGCCGGUGCCAGGGCUGGUGGUGUCCGAGAUGCCGACUUCUCCCUCUCGUUCCUCCCCGACGGCGGUUGGUUGGGCGGCGGCGGCGCGGCGUGGCAGUUCUUGGACUGCCGCAACGGCCGCGUACUGCUCAGGAAUCGGGGAUCGCAGGAGCUCGCCGUCGCCGACCCGUUGGCCCGGAGCUGCGUCUCCCUCCCCCCGCCCCCCGCCGAGCGCCCCGUAGGGUACGGCCUCGUCGCCGACGACGGCGACUCAUCCUCGUUCCGGGUGUUCUGCAUUUCACAAGACGGCGACGCCGGCGGCGGCGUCUCCGGGACGCGAGCCUUGGUCAUCUCAUCCGGCGAACUUUCCUGGGCCGACGUCGCCGUUCUCCCCCGCCGCCCCAAUCUCGCCGGCUCCCGGGCGAUGCAGGCGAACGGGUCGCUGUACUGGACACUCGAGGGCGGCGCGAGCAUGGUGGCGCUCAGCACGGCGACGAUGGAGUUCUCCGUCCUCGACCUCCCGCGUCCAUUGAGGCAGCUCCCCUUCGACGUCGUCGAGAAGGGGGAGGAUGACGGCAACGGGCCGCUCUACCUGCUCACCAUGCGCGGCUUCUGCGUCGAGGUGUGGGCCGGCGCGGAGGACGGCGCCGGCGCGAUGGCGUGGACGCCGGUGGAGAAGUCGGUGAGGUUUCACAAGGCGAUGGCGAUGAUGCAUGACUCGGUGGAGCUGUACCACCAUGGAUUGGAUGUCAUCGGGGUGGUUGCCGGCGUUCUGUUCUUGCGUCAGUGGAAUUGCCUGCUCUCCAUUGAUCUGGAGACCAUGAAGCUGAGGAGGCUGUCCGAUGAAGAUUGCUCGUCGGCGCUGAUCUAUCCGUACGCGAUGCCUUGGCCGCCAUCGUUCUUGAAUCCUACUGCACAUGGUGCUUGAUGAAAUGUGCAGGAAUGUGGCUGGGACGUUCUGCUGAAGCUCGAGCUUAUGAGGAUCAGUUAUGUAAUUAUGUUAGUGGUACCAAAGGUUAUGAUGGAAAAGGAAGAAAUUCAGUUAUCCAUAAUCCAUAUGAAGGUUUGGAGGAAUGAUCCAAGUGCUUGCCUUGCUAGUUUUUCUUUGGUGUUU